AUGUCUUCCACUUGGUUUACUACUUCUUCUUCUUCUUCUUCUUCUUCUAUCAAUUCGUGCGAGUACUAUGCCACGUGGGACUACCCGGAAUCCAGUUGCAUGUACUCGGGAUCCGUGUCGAUCAUUCCGAAAUUAUCCAAGGACGCUUCUGAAGUCGAACGGAAAGUUCACAGGUACGCGGUCAACUUGGAGAACGGCGUUCACUUGGUCCACUCGUUGAUCCGUCUGAUCCGAGUGCCCAUCUCAUUGGAUCUCUACCGAAAGUACGGUAUUCGUGAGUUGUGCCACAAGUACCUCUACCAAAUGGACACGACGGAUCAUGUUGUCAACCUGAUCGGACGCAUCAAAUCGUUGGAGCGCAAGGAGCAGCGGAAGAAGGAGGAGAACAUGACUGCCGUCGGAGGCAUCAAAAUGGACAAGGAUAUUGUGCGUUUGUUUGGAAUCAAAGCACCGACAGCUCGAUCCACAGAGUCUGAGUCCGAUUCUUCUCCGUCUCCACCCCCAAGCAACAACAUCUUCCUCACUGGAUCCGCCGAAAUGUCUGCCAAACUCGACGAGCUUCUCGCUUACGUCAAAUCGUCGAAAUCGCAAUAA